AAGAUUUAGAGCGCAAUGGUCGCAUGAAUCCCAGCAGCAAUGUGGCUGUGCUGCCUCCACUGCGAGCCCUUCCUGACGAUGGAUCCGACUACUUUGCAGCGCUUCUCCGAUCAAGCGGCGACUUUCGGGAGGCAUCAGGCAUCCGGGCUCGGAUCUUGGAGAGCGAGCAUCGCCAGAAUCUCUACCUUGCCAAUCUCACGAUCCAAGUCUAUGGAAAGUUUGGCAGGAUUGACGAGGCACGCGCGGUCUUUGAUGCCAUCAACCGCCCAAACGUUUUCUCGUGGACUAUCCUCCUCACGGCAUAUGCCCAAAGAGGGCAUCUGGACGAUGCCAAACGGGUUUUUGACAAGAUGCCCGAGCGCAACCACGUCGCCUGGAAUGGGCUCCUCGCGGCAUACUCCCAGCACGGUCGAAUCCAAGAAGCAGAGAUUCUUUUCCAAAAGAUACCCGAGUGGAACCUUGUUACAUGGAACGCGAUGAUAACAGGAUAUGCCCAGAACGGGCAUCUGGAAAAAGCCCAGGAGAUAUUCCAAAGCAUGCCGGAGAGAGACGUAGUUUCCUGGACUGCGAUCAUCACCGUUUAUUCCGACAAAGGCCAAGUUCCCUCAGCGAAAAAACUCUUCGAUUCCAUGCCUGGCAGGAACAUCGCUUCCUGGAACGCGAUGAUCCAAGUCUACUCCCGCAGCGGGAACCUCCAAGAGGCCAACCAGCUCUUCCACCGAAUGCCCGAGCGCGACUUCGUCUCGUGGAUCAACAUCAUCACCGCCAACGUUCACUGCGGGAGCAUCGAACAGGCAAAGUUAAUCUUUGACGAGAUUCCCGAACAAGAAACUCAAUCCUGGAAUGCGAUGCUUACCGGUUACGCCCAGCACGGGAACUUGGAGGCCGCCAAGAGCAUCUUCGACAGCAUGAAGCACCGGAACAUCGUUUCCUGGAACUCCAUGAUCCAAGUCCACGUCCAAAAGGCCAACUUAGCCGAGGCAAAGCAGCUCUUUGACAGGAUGCCCGAGCGAAACCUCGCGUCCUGGACUGCUCUGAUCACUGCCUACGGGCAGGAAGCCGACGUGAGGUCGGCGAAGCAGAUCUUCGACGGCAUGCCCGAGCUCGACGUAGUCGCGUGGUCGACGAUGAUAACCUGCUGUGCACAAGCCCGCCAUCUUCGCGAUGCCAAAGAAACCUUCGACACUAUGCCGGAGAGGAACCUGGUUGCCUGGACCAACAUGAUAACUGCGUACGCUCAGUCUGGAAAACUGGACGAGGCCCGAGAGAUGUUUGAAAGAAUGCCGGUACGUGAUGGAGUAGCCUGGAACACCAUGAUCUCUGCUUAUGCCAACCACGGUUAUCCGGACGAGGCCAAGGUCCUGUUUGAUGGAAUGCCGCAGCCCGACAUGGUGUCCUGGAACGUGAUAAUGGAGUCUUAUGCCCAGAACAACCAGCUCCUCGAAGCAAGGGCCACCUUUGAGAAGAUGCCCGAGCGGGAUAUAGUUGCCUGGACUGUGCUUGUGGCCGCGUACGCCCAAGCAGGACAUCUGAUCAAAGCCAGGAGGAUCUUCGACUGCCUCCCAAAACAAAACGUUGUGUCCUGGACAGCCAUGAUAGCUGCUUAUGCCCAUUCUGGCCAUGGUAAGCUUGCCGUCGAGCUCUUCCAACUGAUGGGUCUCGACGGACUCAGCCCCGAUGAGAUCACGGUCACGGGUCUUUUGAGUGCCUGUAGUCACGGUGGCCUCUUCAAGGAAAGCUUGCAGUACUUCGGCUUCAUGAACCAGGACUACGGAUUAAAUCCGUCUGCCGAGCACUACUGCUGCAUGAUCAACGUUCUCGGCCGUGCUGGGCAGCUGAAGCAUGCGCAGGAGCUACUCCAAGGGAUGCCAUACCUUCCCGAUGGCACAACUUUGGGAGCCUUGCUGGGAGUGUGGUCAGCUUACGGUGGUGCGUCUGCCGGAUCAAAUAUAGCCGAGCGCGUCGUUGAGCUGGACCCUGAGAACUCGGCACCAUAUAUCUCUCUGGCUAACAUCUUCGCAGCUGAAAGUCGUCGUCGAAGAGCCUCGACUUAA